AUGAUUGUGCCUUGCACUUUAAUCUUCGGUCUCCUGGCUUUCAGCCAAGCAGCUAAUCCUUGCUGCUCAAACCCAUGCCAGAACAGAGGAGUGUGUAUGACGACAGGUAUUGACCGAUAUGAAUGUGACUGUACAAGGACAGGAUUUUAUGGGGAAAACUGUACUACACCGGAAUUCUUGACCUGGCUGAAACUGACAUUGAAACCUACUCCGAACACUGUCCACUACAUCCUCACUCACUUCAAAGGCGUCUGGAAUGUAAUAAACAGCAUUCCCUUCUUCCGUGAUUCCAUCAUGAGAUAUGUAUUGACAUCAAGGUCACAUUUGAUUGACAGUCCACCAACGUACAACAGCCAGUAUGGUUACAAAAACUGGGAAGCCUAUUCCAACCUUUCCUUCUAUACUAGAGCCCUCCCACCAGUGGCACUGGACUGCCCAACACCCAUGGGUGUUAAAGGUAAGAAGGAGCUCCCAGAUUCUGCAGUAGUUGUGGAGAAAUUUCUGCUGAGGAAAAAAUUUAUUCCUGAUCCUCAAGGCACAAAUAUGAUGUUCACGUUCUUUGCUCAACAUUUCACCCACCAGUUCUUUAAGACAGAUCACCACAAAGGGCCAGCCUUCACCAAAGCUCUCGGCCAUGGGGUUGACUUGAACCACGUCUAUGGAGAGACUUUGGAUAGACAACUUAAGUUGAGGCUACUUAAGGAUGGAAAGCUGAAGUAUCAGAUGAUUGAUGGAGAAAUGUACCCUCCCACUGUGAAGGACACUCAGGCAGAAAUGAUCUACCCACCUCAUGUUCCUAAGCACCUGCAAUUUUCUGUAGGCAAUGAGGUGUUUGGUUUGGUCCCAGGUUUAAUGAUGUAUGCCACAAUAUGGCUCAGGGAGCACAAUCGGGUCUGUGACAUCCUUAAGCAGGUGCAUCCAGAAUGGAAUGAUGAGCAGCUGUUCCAAACUACCAGGCUCAUAUUGAUAGGAGAGACCAUCAAGAUUGUUGUUGAAGACUACGUGCAGCAGUUGAGUGGCUACUACUUCAAGCUGAAGUUUGAUCCCGAGCUGCUGUUUAACCAGCAAUUUCAAUAUCAGAAUAGAAUUGCAGCCGAAUUCAACACUCUGUACCACUGGCACCCACUUCUGCCUGACAGUUUUCAGAUCCAUGACCAGGAGUACACUUUCCAGCAAUUUCUCUACAACAACUCUAUCAUGGUGGAACAUGGCCUUUCCCACAUGGUGAAAUCCUUCUCCAAGCAAAUUGCCGGCAGGGUUGCUGGGGGUAAGAACGUUCCUUUUGCAGUACAGAAAGUAGCUAAGGCUUCAAUUGAUCAAAGUAGACAGAUGAGAUACCAGUCCUUGAAUGAGUACCGAAAACGCUUCCUAAUGAAACCUUUUAAGUCAUUUGAGGAACUUACAGGAGAAAAAGAAAUGGCAGCUGAAUUAGAAGAGCUUUAUGGAGACAUUGAUGCUAUGGAGCUGUACCCUGGCCUUCUAGUAGAAAGGCCUCGUCCUGGUGCCAUCUUUGGUGAGACCAUGGUGGAACUUGGAGCACCAUUCUCUUUGAAAGGGCUGAUGGGAAAUGCUAUCUGUUCUCCAGAGUACUGGAAACCAAGCACCUUUGGCGGAAAAGUGGGCUUUGAAAUAAUCAAUACUGCCUCCCUACAAAAGCUCAUCUGCAAUAACGUGAAGGGCUGUCCCAUCACUGCCUUCCAUGUCCUAAACUCUGAAGCCACAGAAACGGCCACCAUUAACGUCAGUUCCUCAAGCUCCUCAAUGGAGGAUAUCAACCCCACAUUACUAAUGAAAGAGAGAUCCGCUGAAUUGUAG